AUGUUUGACUGCGAUCAAUGCGACGCAGAAUUGGCUCUACGCGUAACUGCGACGCAGUCGUUAAAAAUUAAAUCUAUUCGUAAUCUUCAAGGUCAUCGUAUUGAACAAUAUCAUAUUCAUGCCGAUAAAUCAAUACCUAUAGUUAGAGGAGGUGAAGCAGAAGGUGAAAUGUAUGCAAUUGAAACAUUCGGUAGUACAGGCAAAGGUAUAGUUCAUCAUGAUAUGGAAGUAUCACAUUAUAUGAAAAAUUUUCAUGUUGGACAAGCUUCAGUUCGAAAUCCUAAAUCUAAACAAUUAUAUAAUACAAUAACAAAAAGUUUUGGUACACUAGGUUUUUGUCGUCGAUGGUUAGAUCGUUUAGGUGAAAGUAAAUAUUUAUUGGCACUAAAAAGUCUUGUAGAUGCCGAUUUUGUUAAUCCAUAUCCACCAUUGUGCGAUAUAAAAGGUUGUUAUACAGCACAAUUUGAACAUACAGUAAUAUUAAGACCUACAUGCAAAGAAGUUAUGUCAUCAAAUUCACUUCAUGAAGCAUCACAUGUUGAAAGUUGGUAUGUAGCCGAUGGCAAUUUUCUUAAUCGACAACUAUCAGCAUGGCUUGAACAAGUAACUAACAAUACAAAUGAUCAAUCAAAUGUUACGAGCUAUUAUUGCACCACAUGCUGGAUAUAA